AUGCGAUUCAAUUCCAUUACACAUGCUGGAGGUGUGAACAGUAUCGAAAACUUCGCGCGAAGUCUGACACGAGCUUCCGCAUUCCACGAGAUUACUCCGCGUCGUCCAUCAUUUAUACUUGCAGAAGAUAGUACCGAGGAAGGUGAUGGUGAAGAUCUAGAAUAUGGAGGAGUGCAGACGGACUAUGGGCGGAUACCUCGUUCUUCCUUGAUUAGAGAGCAGUUGCGGAGAUCGACUUCAGAUAAUACGGUUGAUGAUGAGUCUGCACUUGGAGAUGAAACAGAAAGCAGCCUGUCCCGAGUCGCCAGUCACAGGAAGUCCGAGGGGGAACGUGUUGCUGGAGGCGAUCAUGCAAGCGUACAAGGAAGUGUAAGGGGGAACCAAUCUAUCUUUGCGAUUGCCCCGCAUCUAUCAACUCCUCUAGCAGGAAGCUAUGGAACAUCUUACGGUACAUUACGUUCAACCUUGAACGAAUCAUCCAUGAUUCAUGCCGGCCAGCUUUGGCGACAACAACAAGCUACCGGCGCAAAUGUUGCAGACGAGGAACACUUGCCACUGAUUGUCAAGGAGGUCGAAGAAGAUGGGAAAAUUGUGCUUGUGGUUGAGGGGCAGUCCACUCUCCCACAGACAAUCCUUAACUCCACAAACGUUCUCAUUGGAUGGCUCACUCUUCCACUUUCGUUCGGCCUAAUGAUGUCGCCUUGGGGUGGACACUCGGUCUUUCCCAACAUUUAUCGUGACAUGAGACAUCCAUAUAAAUUUGACAAAGCUGUCAAAUAUACAUUCAGUUUCACAUAUGUGCUCGAUGCUACAACUGCACUAGCUGGAAUAUUGAUGUUUGGAGAUAACGUCAUGGAUGAAGUCACAGCCAAUAUUAUCGGAAACUCAAGCUACCCCCGCAGCUUAUCUCUUAUGAUAUGCAUAUUCAUUGCCAUCAUUCCUUUGACUAAAGUUCCACUGAACGCUCGUCCCAUCGUGUCUACAAUCGAAUUGCUCUGUGGACUUGACUCUCGCGCCAUGGCUGAAUCAUCGGCCCUUACUGGACUCUCGGGUUACACCCGUGGUAUAAUGAAAAUCGCCGUUCGCAUCAUUGUACUCAUUGUAUUUGUGAUCAUAGCAAUCCUCUUUCCAGCUUUCGAUAGUAUUAUGGCGUUCAUGGGUUCGGCUUUGUGCUUUAGCAUUUGCGUGAUUCUGCCGCUUCUGUUCUACGUCAAGAUCUUUGGGAAAGAGAUUACUAGGAGAGAACUGAUCUUGGAUUAUUGCUUGAUUGUCAUUAGUUCUAUAAUGGCGAUCGUGGGUACUGUUUGGGCUUUCUUGCCCAAAGAUCUCAUUCAUGCCGAAUAA